AUGGGUUCCCUCAACAUCACAAUCACCCUUCCCAGCGCCAGCCUCCCCUUCUGGCACAUCAACGUCCCCGAGACGGAACGCACCACCCAGUGCCCGCCGUACCUCGUCGGCCUCAAUCCCAAAGACCUCCGCACCGUCUCCACGCCCGACUCGGAGUAUCGCACCCAGACAUGGGAAGAAGUCAGCUACCUCAUCCGGACAAACAACCUGGAGCGGUUCCAGCGCGUGCCCUCUGACCUGCGCCGCUACAAGGCCUUCACCUACCGCCUGGGCAAGAUCCACGGCAGCAUCGCAAACUUUGUCCUGAGGGAGCGCCUGCGCUGGGACAUGCCCGUCGUGGCCCGCGGCGCACCCUUCCAGCACGAAGACGACUUCAAGAUCCUGCACAACGACUGGCCGUACGGUCUUGAUCGCCGCAUCGUCCACCUGGUCGUCUGGACCAAGUUUGAGCUCAAGGCACGCUCUGCUACGGGGGACUUGACGGACAAGGCGAGGAAGGAGAUUGACGACUUUGUGACCAAGACGUUCCGAUCCCGAAUGCCCGCCAACACGGUCAUGUGGUUCAAGAACUGGGCAGCCUUGAAGUCUAUUCAUGCUGUGGAACACUUCCACGUCAUGCUCUUUAACCCAGAUCCUGAGUUCAUCAAGGAAGUGACCAACGGCGAUGUGCCUCAGUGCGACAAGGCCGACAUUUAA